GUAGCUGAAGUUAACAUUUUUCACUUUGGAAGGUGAGUUGCCUUGGGUUUACAGUGAACGAGAAAAACAAUAAUCUACAUAUUAUAUAAGAAAGAAAAGAAGGAAAACUAUUAGCAAAUUUCCUAACUCUUAGACAGAGAGGUAACCUGUUCUUCACAUUAGAAAAGGUCUCCAAACUGGUUGUCAGUUAUUCUUUUGCCUAUUUCACCCAAUUCUUCUUUUAGCAGGCAUUUUAAUGAGGGAAUGAAGAAUCCCACCAAAUAUCUGGAAAUGCCUGCCACCUGCAAACUUGGUGUGAAAUUUCCCGUACAUUUUUGCUCUCCUUUCUGGAUCCUGGCUUCUACCUCUGUCCCUGACUCUCUUAUAUAGAAGUACUUUCCAUGGAGCAGGUCAAUGAGACUGUGGUGAGAGAGUUCAUCUUCCUCGGCUUCUCAUCCCUGGCCAGGCUGCAGCAGUUGCUCUUUGUUACCUUCCUGCUCCUCUACCUGUUCACUCUGGGCACCAAUGCAAUCAUCCUUUCCACCAUUGUGCUGGACAGAGCCCUUCACACCCCCAUGUACUUCUUCCUUGCCAUCCUCUCCUGCUCUGAGACUUGCUACACCUUCGUCAUUGUACCCAAGAUGCUGGUUGACCUGCUGGCCCAGAAGAAAAUCAUUUCUUUCAUGGGCUGUGCCAUCCAAAUGUUUUCCUUCCUCUUCCUUGGCUGUUCUCACUCCUUCCUGCUGGCAGCCAUGGGCUAUGAUCGCUACAUGGCUAUCUGUAACCCACUACGCUACACAGUGCUCAUGGGACGUGGGGUGUGUAUGGGACUAGUGGCUGCUGCCUGUGCCUGUGGUUUCACUGUCUCCUUGGUCACCACUUCCCUGGUAUUUCAUCUGCCCUUCCACUCCUCAAAUCAGCUCCAUCACUUCUUCUGUGACAUCUCCCCUGUCCUUAAACUGGCAUCUCAGCACUCUGGCCUCAGUCAGCUGGUCAUAUUUAUGCUUGGUGUAUUUGUCUUGGUUAUUCCUCUGCUACUUAUUCUAGUCUCCUAUGUCCGCAUCAUCUCUGCGAUUCUGAAAAUCCCUUCUUCCGUUGGGAGAUACAAGACCUUCUCCACCUGUGCCUCCCAUCUUAUUGUUGUAACUGUUCACUAUGGUUGUGCCUCUUUCAUCUACUUAAGGCCCAAGACCAAUUACUCUUUAGGCCAAGACACCCUAAUAUCUGUAUCAUAUACCAUCCUUACCCCAUUGUUCAAUCCAGUGAUUUAUAGUCUGAGAAAUAAGGAAUUCAAAUCAGCCCUACGAAGGACAAUUGGCCAAACUUUAUAUUCUCUUAACUAAAGAGCCAUUUUUUAAAACUACUAAUGCCUAGUACAUGCCAGGAAAAAUGUGUGCUUUUAUACAUUUUCUCAUUUAAUUGUCCAACUGUGCUGUAAUGUAAGAACAUUUCACAUAUGAGAAGAAUGAGGCUCACAGAAGUUAAGACAGUCUGGCUUUCCACUGUCCAUGAUACUUUAACAAGACUAAUCAGAUAUGGGAACAGAGCCCUCAGUUCCAUAAUAAAUUUAAUUAUAUUUUACUGCUUUAAAGAUUGCAAAUUCAAAAACUAAUAUGAGAGCAAAGAUGCAUCCAAACUUAUGAGAGCUAUGUCUUGAAGUAGACAGCUUGGAUACAUCAAGACAGCAAAGAUGUAUCCAAAAAAAGGAAAAGACCAGGAAAUCCAUCUAUCCUUACUUUCCUUUUUCUAAAGACUCGAGAUAACUUUGUUUCCACACAUCCUGCUAGAAAACUUGGCGGUCCUUUUUGUCCCCGACUCAUUUCCUUAACCUACAUGUUGAAAUGUCUUUGCCUUUACUUGGAGUUGUUUUGUUCUUCCUUUCUUUGAGGUGGAACCACUUCAUGGUUCUCUUGAUGCAAAUGCAUGUCCUUCACAUACUAGUUUGUCUUAGUCCCCACAUUUAUUCCUGAACCACCAUAUUAAUUUGCUCUCUUCAAGGAAGCUACAAGCAUUGCCUACUUGCUGAAAUAUCUCAAGUUAAUUCCAAGCAAAAGGCUUGAGUUAAUGUUACUAGAGGGCCAGAGUCCUAGAAUGAUCAAAGAACCCAUGAAAAACCCUCCAGUGACUCCCCUUGCCACACAAGAUAAUGCCAAGAAUCCUUCAUUAUCACAGAUCUAUCAUCUAGUUUCUGCCUAUCUCUCCAGUAUUAUCGUUUCUAAUUUUGUCUGUUUUCUAUAUGCCUUCUUGUACGUUCUGAAGCUAACCAACUAUUUGCUUGUUUCAAAAGUGACAAUAUUCUGUGUUCUCAUGUGUUGGUUAUUCUCUUUAGCUCAUCUCCUUUACUUAAUUUAAUACUUGCUCUCAUAUCUCAAGAGCAUCCCAGCUAUCUUGCUUUCCUCUAAGCGCUCCCUUGUCUGCCUGCUGCACCCGACUGAUGAGAUUAGGCUCUACCACAAUGAGGACUUAUUUUUAUUGUAUCUUGUAUAAUUUCAACAAAUAUUUAUUCAUUUCCUAAUAUGUACUAGCUACUGUUUUAAAGCUACUGGAAAUAAAUGAUGAACAAAAUAAAUGUGGUCUCUGCCCUCAUAGACCUUAUUGUCUGGUUCAAGACAGUCCCAGUAAACAGAAAAAUGAAGGAAAAUACUUUACCAGUUUAAGUUUAUUCUCUGAAGAAAAGGUGCAUUCAGGGGAUAGAGGAGAGAAUACUAAGAUAAACCAAAUUUAGAUUGAAUCGUGUAGGGUUGGUUUCCCAGAGAAACUGACACUUACCUUGUAUGUAACCUGAAUGGUAAGUAAAAGUCAUCAAGUAAAGGGGGUUAUUUUGGGAGAUGCUUUUAGACAGAAGAAGCAAUGUGUGCAAAACCCCUGAAGCAAGAACUGGGUGAGCUGAAGACAAGCAAAGAAGCCCUGUAUAAAUGCUUUUUAUAAAAUGGUUCUUAAUUGACAAAUAAAAAUUAUAUAUAUUUAUGAUGUAUAGCAUGAUAUUUUGAUAUACAUAGGUAUUGUAGAAUGACUAAAUAAAGUUAAUUAACACAUACCUUU